CCUCCAGCGUUCGAUUGACAGAGUGGAGAACUACAUUUCCCGCGAGGCCUUGCGGUAGCGCUCUGGCCUUGUGCUUGCCGGUGGGUGGCUGGCAGCUGGUACAGCGUGGAGAAGGCUGCGGAGGCCAGCUGGGCAGUCGCAAAGGAUAGGAUGAUGGAACGGAAAGGGACCGCAAAAGUGGACUUCCUGAAGAAAAUUGAAAAAGAAAUCCAGCGGAAGUGGGAUGUUGCGCGAGUGUUUGAGGUUAACGCAUCUGAUAUUGGGAGCCGGACAAGUAAAGGGAAGUACUUUGUCACCUUUCCAUACCCAUAUAUGAAUGGUCGCCUUCACCUCGGACACACGUUUUCUUUAUCUAAAUGUGAGUUUGCAGUUGGGUAUCAAAGGCUAAAAGGAAAGAAUUGCCUGUUCCCAUUUGGCCUGCAUUGUACUGGCAUGCCUAUUAAGGCAUGUGCAGAUAAGCUGAAAAGAGAAAUGGAAUUAUAUGGCUGCCCACCUGAGUUCCCUGAUGAGGAGGAGGAAGAGGAGGAAAUGGCUGCUAGAAGAGAGGAGGAAGUGGUAAUCAGAGACAAGGCAAAAGGCAAAAAGAGUAAAGCUGCUGCCAAGACUGGCUCUUCCAAGUACCAGUGGGGGAUCAUGAAGUCUUUGGGUCUCUCUGAUGAAGAAUAGUGAAGUUUUCAGGCUGAGCAUUGGCUUGAUUACUUCCACCCUGGCUCUCCAGGACCUGAAGAGCAUGGGCUGAAGGUGGAUUGGAGACGUUCUUUCAUUACCACUGAUGUUAACCCUUAUUACGACUCAUUUGUACGGUGGCAAUUUUUAACAUUGAAGGAAAGAAAUAAAAUUAAAUUUGGGAAACGGUAAACAUGUAUACAUAUUUAUUCUCCAAAAGAUGGACAACCUUGCUGGAUCAUGACAGACAAAUGGAGAGGUAAUGGUGUUGGACCUCAAGAAUAUACGUUAAUAAAAAUGAAGGUGGUAGCCUACCCUGCAAAGCUAAGUGGCCUUAAAGGAAAAAAUAUCUUGGUGGCAGCUACUCUCAGACCAGAGACCAUGUUUGGACAGACUAACUGUUGGGUUCGCCCAGAUAUGAAGUACAUUGGCUUUGAGACUGUGAAUGGGGAUAUUUUUAUCUGCACCCAAAGAGCGGCCAGGAACAUGUCCUACCAGGGCUUUACAAAAGAUAACGGAGUGGUACCUGUUGUCAAGGAGCUGAUGGGAGAGGAGAUUCUUGGAGCUGCACUCUCUGCCCCUUUAACUUCCUACAAAGUAAUCUAUGCUCUUCCUAUGCUCACAAUUAAGGAAGAUAAAGGCACUGGAGUGGUCACAAGUGUCCCAUCUGAUGCUCCUGAUGACAUUGCAGCCCUGAGAGAUUUGAAGAAAAAACAGGCACUAAGGGGGAAGUAUGGAAUUAAAGAUGAAAUGGUCCUGUCUUUUGAACCGGUACCCAUCAUCGAAAUCCCAGGCUACAGCAGCCUUUCUGCUCCAUUGGUCUGUGACGAGUUGAAAAUCCAGAGUCAGAAUGACAAAGAGAAACUUGCAGAGGCUAAGGAGAGAGUUUACCUGAAAGGAUUUUAUGAGGGAAUAAUGUUGGUGGAUGAGUACAAGGGGCAAAUCCAGGAUGUCAAAAAGCUUAUACAGAAGAAGAUGGUGGGCAAUGGUGAAGCAAUGAUUUAUAUGGAACCCGAGAAACAAGUUAUAUCGAGGUCCAUGGAUGAGUGUGUGGUGGCUCUUUGUGACCAGUGGUACCUAGAUUAUGGCGAAGUAAACUGGAAGAAGCAGGCAGCUGACUGCUUGAAGGAUCUAGAGACGUAUUGUGAAGAGACCAGAAAGAAUUUUGAAGCUACGCUGUGCUGGCUGCAGGAGCAUGCCUGCUCAAGAACGUAUGGCUUAGGUACUCGUUUGCCUUGGGAUGAGCAGUGGCUGAUAGAAUCCCUCUCCGAUUCCACUAUCUACAUGGCCUUCUACACAGUCGCUCAUCUGCUGCAAGGAGAUGAUCUGCGUGGACAAGGAGAUUCUCCGCUUGGCAUCAGGGCGCAUCAGAUGUCCAAAGAAGUCUGGGAUUACAUAUUCUUCAGGACUGCUCCAUUUCCCAAGACACAGAUUCCAAAGCAAAAGUUAGACAAGCUCAAGGAGGAGUUUGAAUUUUGGUAUCCUGUGGAUCUAAGAGUCUCUGGCAAGGAUCUCGUCCCAAACCAUCUAUUAUACCUCUAUAACCACGUAGCCAUGUGGUCAGAUCAAAGAGACAAAUGGCCUGUAGCUGUGAGAGCAAAUGGACAUCUCCUCCUGAAUUCUGAGAAGAUGUCUAAAUCUACAGGCAACUUCCUCACCCUGAGCCAAGCUGUUGACAAGUCUGCAGAUGGCAUGCGUCUGGCACUGGCUGAUGCUGGCGACACAGUUGAGGAUGCCAAUUUCGUGGAAGCUAUGGCAGAUGCUGGUAUUCUCCGUCUCUACACCUGGGUGGAGUGGGUGAAGGAAAUGAUUGCAAAUAGAGACAGUUUAAGAAGUGGGACUCCCAACACCUUUAAUGACAGAGUCUUUGCCAGUGAAAUGAAUGCAGGAAUAACAAAGACAGAUCAAAAUUAUGAGAAGAUGAUGUUCAAGGAAGCUCUGAAAACUGGAUUCUUUGAAUUUCAGGCGGCAAAAGAUAAGUAUCGAGAACUAGCGAUAGAAGGAAUGCACGGGGACUUGGUCUUCCAGUUUAUUGAAGCUCAGACUCUGCUGCUGGCCUCCAGUCUGCCCCAUCUAUGCGAACAUGUGUGGACACUGUUGGGAAAGCCUGACUCCAUCAUGAAAGCUUCAUGGCCAGUAGCAGGCCCACUGGAUGAAGUAUUGAUCCGAUCUUCCCAAUACCUCAUGGAAGCAGCCCAUGAUCUCCGACUGCGUCUCAAGAACUACUGGCACCCCCGAAAGGAAGGUGAAAUACAUUAAAAGGGUAGUAAGGAGCUGCCCCAGAAGCCAUCCCAUUGCACCAUCUAUGUGGCAACCUACCCACUUUGGCAGUAUACCACCCUAUCAGUUUUGCGCAAGCACUACCAGAUCAAUGGAGGACAAUUGCCAGAUAACAAAGUAAUUGCUGGUGAAUUGAACACCUUGCCGGAGCUGAAGAAAUAUAUGAAGAGGGUUAUGCCUUUUGUUGCCUUGAUUAAGGAAAAUCUGGAGAAGAAGGGUCCACGUGUUCUUGAUCUGGAGCUGGAAUUUGAUGAACGGGCUGUGCUCAUGGAAAAUAUAGUCUAUUUGACAAAUUCCUUGGAGCUGGAUCAUAUCGAAGUGAAAUUUGCUUCUGAAGCGGACGAUAAAAUAAAAGAAGAUUGCUGUCCUGGAAAACCUUUUUCUGUGUUCAGAAUGGAACCCAGCAUAUCUCUAUUUUUGGUGAACCCCCAACCAUCUAAUGGCCACUUCUCUACAAAAAUCGAGGUCAGGCAAGGAGAUGGUAGAGAUGCAAUAAUCAGGCGUUUAAUGAAGGUUGACAGAGGAAUCAAAGAGCUCUCUAAAGUAAAACUAAUGCGAUUUGAUGAUCCUGUGCUGGGCCCCCGUCGUGUUCCUGUGCUUGGAAAAGAAGAUGCAGAGAAAACUCCCAUUUUAGAGCAAGCUGUCUUCCACCUAGACCUGGCUGAGAAACGGGUUUGCAUAAUCGAGAACGGGCUGACAGCGGAUAUCGGCGACACAAUUGUCUAUCUAAUUCAUUAAAUUGUGGACUACACCAGCUUGUUCCUGGGUUAAUAUGAUAUUUUAAAACUCCAGAGUGGCUUUGAAAACAUCUGUAAUGGACCAAGAUAACUGUCAUUUCUUAAAAGAAAUCUUUUGUUGCACGGCCCCAAAAUCUUUUAAAUAUGGGUAUAAUAAACAUUUUCUGCCUUC